GUUGGCCACUUACAUAUUUUUACAGAUUCACUAAGCUGUUUGUUUUGUCAGAACAUUGAUGACCCGUUCCAGUGCAACAUCACUGUGCCCUGUCAAAGUUUACAAGUAUGUUUUCUUCACGAGAAAGGAGGUAUAUACAAUAUGGGCUGCACAGGUAGUCAGCAAUGUGGUGGUGUUGCCGGAGCGGGACCUGGUAUUGUAGGACGAAGUGUACAAAAGAAACAGUCUUCUGAAUGUCACGAAUGUUGUUCUACUGAUUCCUGUAACUCUUUAUUGUGUCAACACUCGAAACCGACGAGUUGUCGUGAUGAUGAGACUGUUGACUGUGCAAAGAUGAAUUCACUGUUUCACAUUUGUGCUGACAUUCAUCAGGCUAGUUUGGUGUGCCCACAGUUUUGUAACUUAUGUGGAGUGGUUGAUGGCAGCUGGAGCAGAUGGUCAUCUUGGUCAAGCUGUGACGUCACAUGUAGUAGUGGUUCUCAAACAAGACUUCGGAACUGCUCGGAUCCUGCUCCUGCAGGCGGUGGUCUUGAUUGUGUUGGAAACGCCUCUGACAUAAAGAUUUGCAAAAAUGAUGCCUGUCCUGUUCAUGGUGGAUGGAGUCAAUGGACUACGUGGGGAUCUUGUUCAGUCAGUUGUGGGGUCGGCAUGCAGAGAAGGGACAGAUCGUGUUCGAAGCCAUAUCCAGCUUUAUUCGGUGACCAUUGUUUUGGUGAUUCGAAAGAUGAUAGAGUAUGCAUACCUGGUGCUUGUACAGACGGUGUCUGGUCUAAUUGGGGCAGUUGGGGCUCGUGUAGCCAUAGCUGUGGCGGUGGUAUUAAAAGCCGAAGUCGAACUUGUACAAACCCUAGGCCAUCAAUGCUUGGACGAUAUUGCGAUGGAGAUUCAAACCAAAUGACGCCAUGUUCAAGGACUUUGUGUCCGGACAAAAAAAUAGCGUUUUACAGCGUAUGGUAUUAUUGUAAUUGGGUCAUCUCUAAGAUUCCCACAGGUUUUAUCAAAACUAUGGCAACAGUUACAACAGCUCCACUGGAAACUUUCAAUGUCAAGUGCCUGGUGUUUAUCACUUCGUUACCACACUCACCAAAAAAUGGGCAUCGGAUCCUGAUUUGGUACAAUGCUUUUUACUUCAUAACGGUCAUGACGUUGCUGGCUCAUAUGAAGAUAAUCAUAGUCGUGAAGAAGACAAGGGAGUUUAUUCUUUUACAAUAUCUGCAACUCUACAUUUGCAAAGUAAUGAUGUAGUACAUAUUGGACUAUGCACUGCUCCUGACAGUUUACAAACCAAUAAUCAAUGUUCAUUUACAGGAUUCUUGGUUGCACCAGACAACUAACUUUGAGUACAUACUGUAAGCUCUAUGAAUCAUCUCAAGUGAUUGAAUUGGUUUCAAUAGUAUGGUAAAUCAAAUGCAAAUAUAUUCUGUAUUCAAAUUGUUAUUGAAACCUUACUCGGUUUAUACAUUGGACAUAGUUAUAGCUUUUGAACACCGAGUAAAGUAAAACAUUUUUCAUAUCUUCAAAUUUACACAAUGGCGAUAUUCGCAGACAAACUUUAGCAAAUUAUUCAUGUUCAAUAAGAUUUUAUUCUGAGUUUAUUUUGUAUUGAAUUAUUUUCUUGAGUCAGAAUAAUACAUCAAAUACUGAAAUUACA